AACAUGAUCUUUAUGAAAAAACCGCUUCAAAAGCAGCAGAAGCUAUGGAUAUUGUAAUGGAGGCUAAAUUCAAUCUACAAAGUUUGAGUGUUUGUUUGGGUGAUCAACAACCAUACGCUGAACAGGUCACACUUCCUAAAUCAAAUCCUACCGGUGGAGUUCAAGGAGGAAAUGAAAAAUCUCCAAAAGGUGAUAACGCUAAAACUCCAGACGACACCGAAAAACCUCCAGUUAUCAGCGCAAACGACUCCAAUUCAAUUAAAAAUAAUGCAUUGUUAAGUAUUGUUUGUGGAUUAAUAAUGAUGAUAGGAACCAUUUAUAUCUAA